GUAAAGUCCUAUGUUAUGUUUGACCAAUAUACUUGCUUCCAGGCGCAUUAUGUGGGGAGAUUGGAGAAUGGGAAAGUUUUCGAUAGCAGCUACAAUCGUGGCAAGCCACUAUGCUUUCGCGUCGGUGUUGGAGAGGUCAUUAAAGGUUGGGAUGAAGGCAUUAUAGGAGGUGAUGGAGUUCCUCCCAUGCUUGCAGGAGGGAAACGUACACGGAAGAUUCCUCCAGAACUUGGAUAUGGCUCAAGAGAGGCUGGUGGUAGAGGAGGUUCAUGUAUCAUUCCUCCUGAUUCGGUAUUAUUGUUUGACGUGGAGUUCGUUAGCAAAGCAUGAUUUACAAAGCCGUGAGCUGGCAAAUUGCGCCCUUCUUUUUGUUCGAAGUUUGGAGCUUAGAUUUCAUAUAGGAGAAAUUUUACAAUUAAUAUUAUUGUUAAACUAAAAAUUACUUGAUAAAUGCUUGACUAAGUAAUAAACGUGCUAUGUUAUUGACUAUACAG